UUCCAUGAUUUUAGUAUUAUUCUCGAGUCAACCAGGUUAUAGAGCAUAAUCAUGCAAGGUCUCAGUUUCAAAUCCAUCAAGAAGAAUCCAGCCCUUAUCCCACUCUAUGUGUGUGUCGGCGCUGGAGCUUUGGCUUCUGCUUUGUACACCCUCCGUUUGGCCACCAGGAAUCCCGAUGUAACAUGGAAUCGUUCCUCCAACCCCGAACCAUGGGAAGAAUACAAAGAAAAGCAAUAUAAGUUCUACUCUCCCAUCAGAGAUUACAGCAAAAUCAAGUCUCCAGCUCCCAACUAUGAGGAAUAGAUUGCAUUUGCGUUGAGUUAAUUUAAAUAAUUAAAAAUGUUUGUGAUUAAUUAAAAAAAGGAGAGUAAUAAACGAAUGUUUAGUAACAUUACGAACGAAAA